AUGCCAGUAGUAUUGAAAGAAGAACUUGAGCCAGUUGCAAAGAAAUCGAAGACAAUGCCUACUAGUGGUAUUCUUAAAUUCGCUCGUUUGACUAAGCAUGCCUAUAGUCCAUCACGGGGUUCUAAACUAGCCGCUGGAUAUGAUUUGUACAGUGCCUACGAUUAUAUGAUUCCAGCUAGAGGUAAACAAGUAGUGAAAACAGACAUUCAGAUAGCCCUGCCAGAUGGAUGUUAUGGACGUAUAGCACCAAGAUCUGGUCUUGCAGCUAAACACUUCAUAGAUGUUGGAGCGGGAGUGAUAGACCAAGAUUACAGAGGAAAUGUUUGUGUACUCCUGUUCAACCAUAGCGAGAAUGAGUUCAAAGUAAAUAAAGGUGACCGGAUAGCACAGCUGAUUUGUGAAAGGAUUUACACACCAGAGCUUGAAGAAUGUGAGAAAUUGGACGAUACGGAUCGUGGGUCUGGUGGAUUUGGAUCAACUGGGAAAAACUAGUAAAUAAGAAGACAUGCUGAUUGGUGUCUGUGAAAAAUUAAAAUGUUUUGACUCAGUGGAACAAAAAUAAGAAUGCAAUUAUGUCAGAACAAUGACAUGUGUGUGUGUGUGAAAACUUACUUAAAUGUUAACCAGAUCUAGAAAAUGUGAAGAAAGUGACGACAAAUUACUACUAAUACUACUCACACCAGAUCUAGAUAAUGUUAUUGCUGUAUAUGUACAUAUUUUUGUGUCUUCAGAUAUUGUGCUAAAAUAUCACAACUACAUCAGUUUCUGUAUAUGAUUAACAUAACAAAAGCUUAUUUGUUGAAUAUCAUAUUACGAUAAAAUUGUAUUCUGUCAAAACAUUAACAAUAUUUGAUAAAUUCUUGGUGUGAUGUUGAUACUUAUAUCUUUGUUUCUCCAGAGGAAAAUCUAUGUAGACUUGUGUGAUAUUCUGUAGAUCUGUUUUCUUACUGUCCUAAUUGUUCCUCCAGGGAGAAAAUCUGUGUAGACUUGUGUGAUAUUCUGUAGAUCUGUUUUCUAACUGUCCUAAUUGUUUCUGCGGAGGAAAAUCUAUGUAAACUUGUGUGAUAUUCUGUAGAUCUGUUUUCUUACUGUCCUAAAUAUCAGAGAAAGGCACACUGAAACAUUUGUGAUCUUCAUGGCUGUAAAUAAUCCAUGACAAUAAAAUACCACCAAUUAGAUUUCAGGUGAAGUACUAUCAGUGCUCCAUGUUGUACCGGUAUAACUAACAAUUAGAUUUCAGGUGAAGUACUAUCAGUGCUCCAUGUUGUACCGGUAUAACUAACAAUUAGAUUUCAGGUGAAGUACUAUCAGUGCUCCCUGUUGUACAGGUAUAACUAACGCCAAAUUAGAGUAAAAAAAAUCAAAUAGUAUUUCAUUAAACUGCUAGUAAGUAAUUAGUCUAACAAGACAUCAGUUUACCUGGCUCAUUAUCAUCUUCCACAGCUAAUAAUCACUCUAUCAGUUAUUUAGCGAUUAUCAUUACGUAAUUUGGUAAUCCUGAUACCGUAUUUGAUAUAAUAAGCGGUUUAUAAGGAGAUGUACUCAAGAAAAACAUUAAAAAAUCUAUAUCUAAGAUGGUCUAAGAUGGUUUUAUUGCAUGUGAAAAAAAACUUGUGAUUUUGUAAAUACAUGAACUGUACAGUAGAUUUUUUAGUACUGAAUGUGUUUCUUUUACAUCUAAGAUGGUCUCACCCCCCCACCCCCCCCUUAAAUGAAAUUUUUAAGUGCCCUGGGUGCUUCUUGGAUUGAAUACGGUAUCUCAAGGGUUGAGGCUUAUGGUACUUGUAAGUCUAGGAAGAUUGUCAAUAUCAAGUCAAAAGAUGAAUAUAAAUAGUGAAUAUUCAGAGCGCUGUCUUUUCCAUCUGUUACAAGUACUGUAGAACUUCCUUUUUGCUGGACUUAAUUUUUGCAAUUUUAGUAAAUUUGAAAAUUCUGAAUAAUUGAUUUUUUGAGCUACCCAUGUGUUGAAAUAUGAUGCAUUACAAAACGGGCUGUAUGGUUCCAAAUUGUCUGGCGAAUUCCUACCUCCUCUGGUUCUUAAAUUCAUAUUUCCAAAGUUAUAUCUACAGUUUUCAAUUAAAUUGCUGAAUUUUGAUAAACCUCACUUGGAUAGCUCCCAGAUUUAUUAUGUAGAUGAAGCUUAACAUCCAUCGAUAUAAUAUAUAUAUAUACAAACUACAAACAAACUUUCCUUUGAAGUACAUACUAGAUAAUUGUGUUUUUAUCAUUUUUGCCUGCUUGUAGAAGUUGCCAUAUAAGUGUAGAAAAUGUUUUGUUAUUAUUUGUAUAUUUACUUAGUUGUAGGAUGCUCAACUAUCGAAGAUUUACCACCAUCAUGUGUUCAAAGUUUUGUACAGAGACCUAUGUGUCUGGCUAAAUAUAACUAGGGAAUCCCCUAAUGAUAUUGUGUUCAAUGUGAUAAAUGUGGCUAAAUAUAACUUUAGGGAAUCCCCUAAUGAAAUUUUGUUCAAUGUGAUAAAUGCUGUUAAAGAGAAUCUUGUGUGCUAAAUCUAUAGUAUAAAAAAAAAUGUUUGUACAAUGUAUCAUAACAUGACAAUUGAAUGUAAAUGUUAUAAUUAUGAUGUUAGAAUUCAUGUGUACAACCAAACCAAGUUUAUGUUCACAUUUAUCCACAAUAUUGUGAGGUGGCUGAAGAGAGCAAAACAUUGUAUGAUGUAAAAGUUCCUGUUUAUUUAUGCCACAGUAUAUAUUAAGGUCUACAUUUUCAAUACAAGAAUGAACUGUCACAGAGUCAUUGUAGUGACAUCAAACGUUGGGUCAUUGUAGUGUCAUCAAACAAUGGGUCAUUGUAGUGUCAUCAAACACUGGGUCAUUGUAGUGUCAUCAAACACUUGGUCAUUGUAGUGUCAUCAAAGAUUGGGUAAUUGUAGUGUCAUCAAACACUGGGUCAUUGUAGUGUCAUCAAACAUUGGGUCAUUGUAGUGUCAUCACACAUUGGGUCAUUGUAGUGUCAUCAAACACUUGGUCAUUGUAGUGUCAUCAAACAUUGGGUCAUUGUAGUGUCAUCAAACAUUGGGUCAUUGUAGUGUCAUCACACAUUGGGUCAUUGUAGUGUCAUCAAACAUUGGGUCAUUGUAGUGUCAUCAAACACUGGGUCAUUGUAGUGUCAUCAAACACUGGGUCAUUGUAGUGUCAUCAAACAUUGGGUCAUUGUAGUGUCAUCACACAUUGGGUCAUUGUAGUGUCAUCACACAUUGGGUCAUUGUAGUGUCAUCAAACACUGGGUCAUUGUAGUGUCAUCACACAUUGGGUCAUUGUAGUGUCAUCAAACACUUGGUCAUUGUAGUGUCAUCAAACAUUGGGUCAUUGUAGUGUCAUCAAACAUUGGGUCAUUGUAGUGUCAUCAAACAUUGGGUCAUUGGAGUGUCAUUAGGAUAUUGAUAUUACACUCUUUAUACAUCGUAAAGUUGGCAUGUGUUAUUGACACAUUUACUUGAUUUCAUAAUUCCUUAUUCAAUAAAUUUCAGUUGUAUCGAA